UCUUUUGGACACAACUGUGGUGCAGGUUUCUACAUCAAGAAUCCAUGGAGACGGAGGUCCGGUUCUCUGCUCAGGGAGACCAUGGGUCACUUUUGCUAAAGCAGCUGGAGAGGAUGAGAGCAGCAGAGGAGCUCACAGAUGUGGUGCUACUGGCUGAGGGGAUUCCCUUCCCAUGCCACAAGGUUGUGCUGUCUGCAUUCAGCCCUUACUUCCAGGCCAUGUUUACAUGCGGUCUGAAGGAAACCCGAGGAACAGAGGUGCCUCUCAGAGACACUCCUGCUCGCAGUCUGCAGCUGCUUCUGGACUACAUGUACUGUGCUGAACUCCACCUUUCAAACAGCAACAUCCAGGAAGUUGCUGCUGCCGCCUUCUUGCUCCACGUGGAUGGAGCCUUCAGGUUGUGUCAGAGUCACAUGGAAGCCCACAUGGACACUUCAAACUGUAUUGGUUUGUACCACUGGGCCAGAGAUCUCGGGGCCAUGGAUCUGGCUGACUGCGCUCUGAGAUACAUCUGUCAACACUUUACACAGGUUUGUCAGGAAGAGGAAAUGCUAGAGCUUGAUGCUCAAAACCUUGGUGACAUUCUGAGUUCAGAUGACCUGAACAUAUCGCAGGAGGAGGUUGUGCUUAAGUUGGUGCUGCACUGGGUGGAAAGGCGCAGGAAUGACCCACAGAGCGAAGCCCAGGCUGUGGAGUUACUGAGGCGUGUGCGGCUGGAGCUUGUAGAUCCUGGAUUUCUACGAAAAGCUAGGAGAAAGAACCCGGUGCUGCUGCGGGAUUCUGAGUGUUUUGGGAUGAUUGAAGCUGCUCUCCAAACCUCAGCUCUCUGUGAGACAUCAGCCCCACCUCGCCCGGCUCUGCGAUAUGGCAUGGAGACGACUGACCUUCUGCUCUGUCUGGGUGGAGUGAACACAGAGGGUAUUCCUGCUCGACGUGGAGGACAUGCUGACCUAAGUUUUUGCUAUGCCCCGCGUGGUGGAAAGCUCUACUUCAUUCCCUCUCCACUGAGAGACUGUGGAGGGAAGGGGCAGAUCACAGCGGGAGCUGUGACCCGAGACAAUGACGUAUUAGUGGCUGUGGAGGCAGAAGAUCAACAAAGGAGAAAGAGACUUGAUAUUUACAGGUAUGGUAACACAGAGGAGAAGAUCUGGGUGGAGGUGUGCUCUGCCCCCUACAGGGAUAUGUAUGCUUUAGGGUUAGUAGGGGAUGCCCUGUACUUGAUAGGUGGUCAGAUGAAGGUGCGCAAUCACUACGUGAUCAGCGACAGCGUGGAGAGAUGGUCACUCAAGAGAGGAGGCAGCUGGCUCAGCUUCGCUCCUUUACCUCUUCCUUUAGCAUGCCACUGCGCCGUGAGUCUGCAGGGGCAUCUCUACGUGCUGGGGGGCUGGACUCCACAGGAUCAGCCGCACGAUGAGCCUGACAAGUUGAGUAACCGCAUGUUUCAGUUUGACCCCGGCAAAGACAGAUGGACCGAGUGUGCCAGGAUGAAGUACUCCAGAUACAGAUGUGCCACAGCUGUCCUCAAUGGAGAAAUCUACAUACUCGGUGGUAUAGGAUGUGAUGGAGAGGACAGUGGACAGUCACGUCGCUCUCUGAGCUCUGUGGAGAUCUACAACCCAGAUGCCAACAGCUGGAGGGCAGGACCGACUCUUCCUACAUCCCUGCUCUCCCUUCAUACAAACACCUCCAAUGCAGGAGUGGUGGCGGGAACACUUUACCUCUGUGGAUACUACAAAGGAGCGGGUCGACAUGAAAUCGUUACAAAGGAGAUUUUGGGACUGAACCCUACAGACAAUGUGUGGACGGUGGUGGAGCGACGAGCAGCCAUGCACGACAGCUAUGACGUCUGUCUGGUUGCAAAUCUUAACCCUCGAGACCUCCUGACACCAUAA